CUCCAACCGAGAGAUUAGGAGCUCCGACCCCCAACCCAGCCAGACUUAACUGGGACUCUGCUGGGGGCGGGCGCGGCGAGCUACGGGGACGCGAAGCUGUUUCUGCCCACAAUAAAGAUGGCCACGAGGAGGGCGGAAGCGCGGGCCUCCGAGGCCUCUCUUUCUACCCUGGCGUCCCGGUUCUCGAUGGUGAUGCGGCUCACGUGACGGGGGCGGGGGAGGCGGCGCUUUCCCUUCUUGCUGGGAGGGAACCCGCUACCGAAGCCGAGAGGGGAGGGGGGUUUGGCCUCGGGCGGGGUUUGUGUGACAUGUCUCUCGAGGACCCAUUUUUUGUUGUCCGAGGCGAGGUGCAGAAGGCGGUGAACACGGCCCGCGGGCUGUACCAGCGCUGGUGCGAGCUCCUGCAAGAGGACGCGGCGGUCGGACGCGAGGAGCUGGACUGGACGACCAAUGAACUGCGGAAUGGCCUGCGCAGCAUCGAGUGGGACCUCGAGGACCUGGAGGAGACCAUCGGCAUAGUGGAAGCCAACCCGGGAAAGUUCAAGCUCCCAGCCGGAGACCUGCAGGAGAGAAAGGUGUUCGUGGAGCGGAUGCGGGAGGCAGUCCAGGAUAUGAAGGACCAUAUGGUCAGCCCGGCAGCCAUAGCCUUUAUGGAGAGGAAUAAGAGAGAGAUGCUGACAGGCAAGCCAGCCGCCCCACAGUCAUCCAGCGACCUGCUAGACGCCAGCAUGGCCGCAGCCACCUCUCGUUACAUUGAGGAGCAGCAGGCCACACAGCAGCUGAUCAUGGACCAACAGAAUCAACAGCUGGAAAUGGUGUCCGGGAGCAUCCGGGUUCUGAAGCACAUGUCUGGCCGUGUUGGGGAGGAGCUGGAUGAGCAGGGCGUCAUGCUGGAUGCCUUUGCUCACGAGAUGGACCACACCCAGUCCCGGAUGGAUGGGGUCCUCAGGAAGAUGGCCAAAGUAUCCCACAUGACGAACGAUCGCCGGCAGUGGUGUGCCAUCGUCGUGCUGCUGGGGGUGCUUCUUCUGGUUCUCAUCCUGCUCUUCUCCCUCUGACGCCGGCCCUCCCCAGGGCGCCGGUCCCUCUAGCUGUGGGAGCUGGCAGGGUCCUGCCCCCUGGGAGAAGGGGCUCCUUCCUGGAGAGCUGUCUCGAGGUUCUCAUCCGGAGCCAGUGGGACCCUCGGGGCCCUGGGCCAGAGCCCCUGCCACUGGUCCUGUCUCAAGUGUGCUUAGGAGGUGGCAGAGGUAGGGGAACCUCAGACCCGCCCCUCCCCAUUUCUACUCUGGUGCCCCAAAGCCGUUUGCUCCUGUGCCUUCCGCGCGUGCCAACUUGGAAAUAAAAAUCCCAGCCUUUUUUUUUUUU